AUAAAUUUCACAUAUUGUACAUACAUUUUUAUAAUUUAUAUAAUGUUCAAUACCCGUUUAAUGUAGUAAGAUGUUUGAAUCCUCGCAGAAUUCUAACACAACUAUUGAAGGUACUGAUGAAUCGAACAAACAAGUCGAUAAUCCACAAAACGACACACAGUCACCACCGGAAGAUAAAGGACUAUUGACUAAAUUUGAUUUAGAGAAAUUAGCCCAAAGGUUAACUGAGGUCGGAAUUAAACCUAAGGUAACCUUCGAUGACGAGAAAUGGGCUAAGAUAUGUAAGAUAACUAGAAACAUUUUAUUGGCAAAUAUAAAGCAAUAUAACAACGAUAGUUACAAAAAAGAAUUGUCAAGUUCAAGUCCUGUGAUCCUAUCCCAUGACUUGAAAGUUCCAUCCGAUCACACCCCCGCUCUCCCCGAACCGUCAAUUGAGCUAUGGAACUUGAAUAUCUUGGAGUUCAUAUCACUGUCCUCUGGCUGUAAAAGGGAUGGUUUUAACCUAUCCUUCAAGAUAACGGAAUCCACUCACUUUCACCAUAAAUUUUCAGAACACCCUCAUGGGAAGCACAAAACAAUGAACAAGUUACCCCCGAUAACCAUACAGGGGAAACAAUUCAAGUAUGACUCGGCGCAAUUGAUAUCACUAAUUCAAAAAUCCCAAAGGUACCCGAUGUACGAAAAACCACAAACGGAACUCAAGGGUAGAGUUUUGGAAAAGUACAAUAUGAAGGGUGAGGUUAAGAUACCUCCGAACUGGGAAAAGAGAGUUGGAUACGAAUCUUCAAACUGGGAUAUGCCCUCAAGUUGUAACACAGGCUCCAUUUUCUCCCUAGGCUCACUUAAAAAUGAUAAGAAAGUUUCGAGUGACCCGGAUCUUGUUUCUGCGAACAAUGCUCUAAAAAAUUUGUCGUGUCUGGUUCCAGGCUUUCAAUAUGCAAAAAAACCACAAUCUGAAGGAACCAGCGAAGAUGUUACUCAGAUGAACAUUAACGACAUAAACAACUUCUCAUUCGUGGACGAUGACGUCGACGACUCACUGAAAUGCUCAAGGUUUAGCAAAUUCUUCAAAGUUCUGAAAGAUCAUCAGGAGAAUAAACAGUAG